AUGCUGCGCUCGUCCAUUGCCCGGGCUUCAAGCUCGGCUGCCGCCAUGUCAUCGACCGCGACCCGCACUGCUCUCCCCAGAGCUGCUCCCGUAGCCUGCCAGAUCCAGCAAUCCCGCCAGGCCCACGCCAUCUCCAACCCGACCCUCGCCAACAUCGAGAAGCGAUGGGAGGACAUGCCCCCCCAGGAGCAGGCCGAUCUGUGGAUGACACUUAGGGACCGCAUGAAGACCGACUGGAAAGAGUUGACCAUGCAGGAGAAGAAGGCUGCCUACUACAUUGCCUUUGGUCCCCACGGUCCCCGCCGACCCCCGCCCCCGGAUGAGGGCCGCAACGUCUUCCUCCUGUCCUCUGCCGUCAUCAUGGGUGCCUUUGCCGUCUUCGCCUUCACGCGCAUGUUCGCCAGCCCCAUCCGGCCCCGCACCAUGACAAAGGAAUGGCAAGAGGCCAGUGAGGAGUACCUCAAGUCGCAAGGCAGCGAGCCCAUCACCGGUUACAAGGGAAUGUUGGUACAGAGCAAGUCCGAGAAGGACCUGCCUGCCAGGGAGAAGCUCAACGAUGAGUAA